AUGGUUGCCUACCAGAAGUCCUACGAGAGAAACACGUCCUGUGGAGGGUGGAUACCGUGGAUGGUGUGUCCCCAGACAUACUAUAAACCCCAGUAUCGUAGCAUUGAAGUCCCUGAAACCAUCACUCUCACAGAUUGCUGUGAGGGAUAUGAACAAGUUGGACUCUACUGCUCCCUAGCACUCAACAGAUCCAGUGUAUUUGCCUCAAGACCUGGUAUUUGUCCAAAGGAGAAUAUGGAAACCUCUGAUUAUCCUUGCACGUUCGAUACUGAGUGUCCAGGGCUCAAAAAAUGCUGCAACUCAUCCAAAGGAGCAGGCUGUGUAGACCCAAUGCCAGAGGGAAGAACAUUCUGGUACAACGUGACAGUGCUUGUGAAAAUGGAUUUUAAUGAAUUAAUCAGAGUGGAUUCCCACCUUCUGAAUCAUUCCCGCCUUUUGCACUCCAUGAUCACUGGCGCGUUGCAGCCCUGGAAUGCCUCUGUGCACCACAUCCAGAGCAAUCCUGCAGGGAUACACGCCGGGACAGUGACCUCCCAGGUUCUCCUUGGGCUGCACCAGCCGGCUCUGCUGGCUGAGGUCUCUUCUUCCCUGGGUGACGUGGUGAAACGCGUGUAUGAAGUGACUGACACGCAAGUGCAAGAUGUCAAUGAAUGUUCCCACGCUGAACUCAACGCCUGCCCCCAGAAAAGCACCUGUGUAAACCUGGAGGGUUAUUACAGCUGUGACCCUCAUGCCCAUGUCAUCCCUCACCAGCUGAGCCAAAGGAAGGAAGGCAUUGCAGCAUCUACUCCAAGUUCAGCAGUAGAUGCCAUUAGUACCAGCAAUAGCUCUCCUUCUGUAAUGAAUUCAAGUCUUUUGUCCAUAACUAACCAAUCUGCAGAUGCUGGAUGCUAUCCUUCUGCAGUGACAAACCACCGAAUCUUCAGCGUUACCAGCAACAGUUUUGAAAUGUCCUGGCAUGUCACUUCUCCUCUGAACCACACUUUCCAAGUCCAAGUGUUCAAGGGCCAGGAGACUGUCCAAGACCUGAAGACAGAGGAAAUGAAAAUGGAUGUGUCUCAUCUGGAAGCAGGUGUGAUGUAUUCAGUCGAGGUCCGCUAUGAAACAUGUGGAAAAACCAUCAUCUCCCGUCAAAGUGUUAAAACAGAGGCCCAGAUAUUUGAUGUUACUCUAAGGAUUCUCAACUACAACUUCACUGAUGAUUUCCAUAAUUCCAGCAGCUCAGCAUAUGCAGAAUUUUCAAGGCUGUUUCUUACAGAGCUUGAACAUUCAUUUCCACCUGACAUUUCUGCUUUAUACAAAUCUGGGAAGCUGAAAUUGCAGAUUGAAUCCCUGCAGGCUGGAAGUGUCAUUGUGAGGCUCAGAAUCACUGUGCAGGAUCCUGAGCUUCCAGUCAAUGCCUCCACAUUUGCCCCAGUGCUUUCCUACCUGCACAACAGUUCCAUGAUUUUGGUGGAUCAGCAAAACACUGCAGUAGGAGACUGGGAUGAAUGUGCUUCUCACACCGAGAAUGACUGCUCUGUGUUUGCAGAGUGUAUCAAUUUGAUGGGCUCCUACAUGUGCAGAUGCAAGACAACCAUGGAUACCAAUCCAUCCAGACCUGGAAGGAACUGUGAGGGUGAGAUUGUGGAUCCUCUGGCUGAAACAAUGGCUCCUGAAACAAGAAACAGCACAGAGUUUGCUCCUGAAGAAGGAAGCCCUGCAGGUCUUGCAUCUCCUGCUGCCACUGAGACAGCGGCCUCUUCGCUGCCCCUGGGUGACAAACAAGUGUGUCCCACCAGUGCUCCUUCAGCCCCUUGGAAAAAAGGUCUGGCAGCACAGGUGGGCUUUGACAGCCCCAAAGCCACGGGGACCACAACCAGCAAGGCACUGGCUGUGAGCACAGCAAGUCGGGCAGACACAAGUCCAUGGCAGCAAAGCUCCCUGGAAAAGGCUUCCCCUGGAGCACCACAGCCAGAGGCUGCUCUCACAGACAUUCCCAUGGGCACAGCUGGGCAGGAGCAACUCAGCUCCCCAUUGCUGGCAUUUCCAAAUCAAACAGCCUCUGCUACCACCAGAAUUCCUGGUGUGCCCCAGGCCAGCUCUCGAGGUGGCCCUGGCACAGCUCUGCUGGCCACAGGGAAUGCUGGUGUUCCCACCCUCAACGCCACUCUUGGAGCAGAUGUGGAGGUGGCAAGAGAAAACAGCUCUUGGUCCCAGGAAUACACUGGAUCCCUGGGGUCUCCAGCUUUUCCAGGUGCCUCUCCAGCUCCCAGCCUGAUGCCAGGCCCAGCUAUGGAUCACACUGUCCAGAAGCUCAGUGGCACAGUUCGGAUAACAAAUGUGAAAUACUCCCCAGGCUUUAGCAAUACCAGCAGUGAGGAAUAUCAAACCUUUGCACAGCUCUUUGUUGAUGAAAUACAUAAAUCUCUGCCCCUCGAUGUUCUUCAGCAGGUGGAUGCUGGUGUGAUUAAAGUGCUGAUAACAGGUAUUAGCAAUGGCAGCACGGUGGUAGGUUUCAAUUUAGUGGUUGCAGAAGAUGUGGAUAUCCACUGUGUCAUCACCACUUUUCGGGAUGCCUUGGAACACAGCUCCUACUUCACCAUUGACAAGAGCAGCCUCUCCAUAAAGGCACUUCCUAUCAGCCAGAAGACAACAGUGACAGAUAAGAAACCCGUGCACAACACAGUUUUAUCUGUGACAUCUUUGCAAACUUCUUCCCCUGCUUCACUGGACUUCUCUGCUGCUGAGCACAAGGCUCUGGAGGACACCACAUUCUCCAGCACGGUGCUGCCUCCUCUCUCCAAGGAUCCCGUGUCAACUCCUGAUGUUUCUCCUCAAGCAUCUCCAGCCCCCCUUGCCAAACCUGCCCAGGAGGCUUCCAUUAAAGACGCAGUGAGCGUGUUCUGUGAAAUUGGGAAGAUCGUCCUGGCCAUCCAGAAGAGGUUUUUACAGCAGGAGUCCAUCCCAGAAGCCUCCCUGUACCUGGGGGAGCCUCACUGCAACGUGAGCAGGAGCAACAGCACCCACGUUGUGCUGCAGGCAGGAUGGAGAGACUGUGGCACUGAGGUGGAGACUAACAUGACUAAUACUGUAGUGAAAACCAUCCUUCGGAACGACUUUCCUGCUCAGGGAAUAAUCCACCACUUAAAAGUUGCCAGUCCCAUUCACUGUGAGUUUCAAAAUGAUGCCUUGGCUUCCUCUGGGUACACUGCAGAAGGACUUUACACCAUCUUUGAGGACUUGCAUGGAUCUGGACACUUCAGAACACAAAUGCAGCUGUUUAUUGGGAACUCCCCAGUACCAAAGAACUUCAGUGUCUCUGCCAGUGAUGAUGUGCUGAUCGAAGUGGGGAUCCAGAGAGGGGACAGCAAGCUCAAGGUGGUUCUCACUGACUGCUGGGCAACUCCAACUAAUAAUUCAGUGGAUACCCUCUCAUUUGUUUUUAUCAGCAACAGCUGUCCCAUCCCAAACACAUACACCACACUGCUAGAGAAUGGCAACUCAAGCAAAGCCCAGUUUAAGAUGAAAAUUUUUUCCUUUGUCAACAAUUCUGUGGUUUACUUACACUGCAGAAUUCGUAUCUGUAUGGAGACACCGGGAAGAACCUGCAGGACAAGAUGCCACCCCAUGGUUCGGUUCCUGAAGGCUGGAGAAGUCAUUGCUACACACAGAACAUCCUGGGGACCCCUGUGUAAAGCAGCUGCAUCUGAUUUGAAGAGAGAAAAGGAGGCUGGAAUGGGAGUUGGAUACAUCAUCCUCAUUGCCCUUACUGUGGUUGGGUUUGUGCUGGGAGUUGUGAGCCUUCUCAUCUUCCAGUACCAGCGAAAGAUGGGAAGAUACAACUUCAGAAUCAAGUCUGACAACGUCAGCUACCAAGUGUUCUACGAUUAG